UUCUGCUUACCACUAUAAAUUUAGCUAACAAAACCACGUCGAGAACCGAUGCAUUGCUGUAGCUUGUGUUUUUAAAGUUUUUCAAGGUUUUAAACACCAACAACAUGACUCCGUUUUGGAUGUUCGUUGUCAUACCAGCGAUGGCCUUCGCUGACUACUUUACUGAUGCCGACACAAAUGCCGAUGGCAAGCUGGCUUACAAAGAGCUAGUAAACUAUGCUAAGCCAUGGGAUGCUAAUAAAGACGGCUUUAUUAAUUUGACCGAGUUCCAUAAACUAAUCCAAGACGUGCUGCCAGGCUACAGAAACAAAACAGUGGCUUUGUUUAAAAUGAGUGACAGCAAUAAUGACGAGAAACUGGACCAAAUCGACAGUUUGUCUCUGAUUAAAAAGGCGGAUAUCAACGGAAAUCAUUAUGCUGAACGUUCUGAGAUGGAAGGAUUGAGCACAUUUCUCAAAGUGUAUGCUGUCUUCUAUUAAAGAAUGAAGACAGUUUGAUUGACAUUAGCAAUGUCUUAAAAGUUGAAAUAAAUGAAUAUACGAUAAA